AUGGCAGCCUCUGCCUCGGCGUUGAAAACCUUCCGCUCGAAACUCCUCCCGAUUGAAAAGUACUCGUUCCUUCGCCAUUUACAAAGCGCGGAACCGUUAACGUUGUAUCGCGUUUUAGCCGCGAACGCGAUGGAAUGCUUACCGUUCGUGUACACACCGACGGUGGGGGAGGCGUGCGAGAAGUACCACGUGUUGCCGGCGACGAAAACGAGUUUUGGGUUAUUCAUUAACAAGGGAGACGUGGGUAAAGUUGGCGCGAAAUUGAGAAAGUUCAUCGAGGAGAAAGAUAAGGAGGACGUGAAAGUCGCGGUGGUGACGGACGGGGAACGGAUUUUAGGUUUAGGCGAUUUAGGCGCGAACGGGAUGGGUAUUUGCGAGGGGAAGUCGAUGUUAUACACCGUGUUUGGCGGGGUGGACCCGAGGAAAGUGAUGUCGGUGUGCAUCGACGUAGGGACGGAGAACGAAGCGUUGCGAGCGCACGAAGAGUACAGAGGAUUGAGAGAGAAUAGAAUAAGAGGGGAGAUGUACGAUGAGUUAGUGGACGAGUUCAUGAGAGAGAUGAGGAUGCAAAAACCGUCGUGUUUGAUACAGUUUGAGGAUUUCGGAAACGCGAACGCGUUCCGGGUGUUGGAGAAUCACCGACGCGUGCAACCGUGUUUUAACGACGACAUUCAAGGGACGGCGUGCGUGACGUUAGCCGCGUUAGAGGCGGCGUUGAGAGAGCAGAAAAAAGCGUUGAAGGAUAUAACGGUUCUGUUCUACGGUGCAGGUGAAGCCGGGGUUGGGAUUGGUGAGUUAGUCGUGAGAGCUUUGGAGAAGAGCGGCGGAUUGUCGCACGAAGAGGCCAAGAGAAGGUGUUUUUUCAUGGACUCGAAAGGAUUGGUCGUAAAAUCGAGGUUACACGAGUUACAACCGCACAAAAUACCGUUCGCGCACGAGUACGAACCGGUAAAAGAUUUGAAAACUGCCAUUACGAAGCUCAAACCGACGGCAUUGAUUGGCGUUUCGACGAUACACAACGCGUUCGAUAAGGAAGUCAUCGAAACCAUGAGCGCUUUGAACGAACGACCGAUUAUUUUCCCGUUGAGUAAUCCAACGAGUAAAGCCGAGUGUACGUUUGAAGACGCGAUGAAAUACAGUAACGACAAGGUGAUUUUUGCGAGUGGAAGUCCGUUCCCGAGCGUCGUGAGACGGGAAGAUGGAGUGGAAAUCUUCCCGGCGCAAGCGAACAACGCGUACGUAUUCCCGGCGGUUGGAUUAGCUUCGGUCGUCGCGGAUUGUAAAGAAAUUACGGACGACCACUUCUUAGUCGCCGCAGAAACGUUAGCUUCGUUAGCUUCGAACGAUGACAUCGACCGAGGGUAUUUAUUUCCAGACUUUACGGAGAUUGAAGACGUGACUGCGAAGAUAGCCGCCAACGUGAUUGAAAAAAUGACCAAAGACGGAACCGGGCGAAUGACCCAAGAAGAACUUUCGGAGGCUAAACGAGACGGAUUUGAAAGUUUCACUAGGAAACGCAUGUGGAAACCGCCUCCGGAAGUUUCGCACGCUAGACUUUAA